AUGACGACGGUGCUGACGAGCAGCAAUAGAAGGAACAUCCCGGCGGUGUGCCGGAUUCGCGGCCGUGGGACGGCAAUACUUGUCUCGCCAGGUAUUUUGCUAACAUCUCGACAUGUGAUAAGCACUCCGGAGGCGGCCGCUCAGCUUACCGCCGUUUUCUUUGAGGGUUCCAAGAAAAAGCCGGUGGAGGUGAGGCUACGGCCUCAGAAGCUUUUCUUUGCCGCCUUCUAUCCAGACUACAUGGACUACUGCCUUGUGGGAUGUGAAGAGUAUGGCAUAUUUAACGUUACGCCGGUGGACCUUCCGCUCACACAAAAAGACUGGGCUCCUGUGCGGGAGGGCGACAUUAUCCUGGUGGUGCAGCAUCCUAUCUGGGAAGGCGGUGUUGGAGAGAACGUAACCAACACUGACAACCCCGAUGACGAUGAAAAUACUGCAUCUAUAGAAGUGAAACGAUUUGAAGAAGUGCUGCGCUGUCGCAAUGACUUAUUUUAUCUGAAGGCCAACGGGGAUGUGCGAACUGCGGGUUGUCCUGCGUUUAAUGAGUGUGGCCAGCUUAUUGGUCUGCAGUCACAGUUGCGCUCUGAGGGAGAGGGUGUGGUGAAUCGAGUGGUGUCAAUUGCCUCAGUCGUAAGGCACCUCUUUGCAAACAAAAUGUUGCGAUGCAUUCAACAAAAAAGCAUCUUUGAGGAUGUAUGGAGUACAUGGUACCUCAAGGAUGACAUUUCGAGAAUUGUGUUAAUCCUAGAGAACUUUGAAGAUCGUGAGAUUGCCCGUGCCACAGCGGCAAAAUUGUGUGAGCACACGUGUUUCCCAAAUCUCAUUGGAAGCACGGUGGCAUCCGGUGGUAUUCAAUGGAUCCUUUUUAGCCUAAACCGAUUUAAUGAGGAUAUCGACAUGGUAAGCGCAUGUAUUCGUGCCAUGUGGAAUGUCAGCUUUGAGGAGGCAAAUGCGCAGCGAUUGCUUGUAGAAGGAGGUGCUGUUGAUAUUAUUCUUGGCGCCAUGGAAAAGUAUCCUACGAACGAGGAAAUUGCAGAGUUUUCCGUUGUUGUUCUCUAUAAUUUUUCCACAGGAGGCAACAAGCCGGACUUCUCUGGAUCCCUCGGUCACCGUGCACUGGUGCUCGCGCACGCCGCCCUACAACGCUUUAAGGAGACAACGGUCCUUCAAAAAUUUGGUUUCAGCUUCUUCACCACACUUCUACUUGUCAACCAUGAGAACGCCGAAACACUUGUGAAGUUGAAUAUCGUGGAGCAUACAGUUUACCUGGCGGAACAGAAACAAGAUCAGGUCUUUCUUAUGGAGGCGCUUAUGAACUUUGUUGGAGAGUUAGCGCAACACAGGAAAGCUAUUGAUCUUUGUUUUGUGAGUGGUGGACUUGCCUCCAGCUCUGGGCGACACGUUCUUGAAGUACUCACCUCCCUCCUUAUUGACAUUAUGUUCAGAUACCAAGAGAUGGAUACCAUCUUAUUGCAAGGCAACCGCGCCUUGUGGGGCAUUGGCAACGACAUGACGUGCCGGGCAAUGAUUUUACAGCACCCCAGGAGCUACGACGCUCUAAAGCUAUCUCUGCCGGCGUUGGUGGCUAGGGCAAGGGUGACGUAG